AUGUUGAGGAAACAUGGAGUGCAGCAACGGUUCGGCCUUCCAUAUCAUCCUCAAUCGAGUGGCCAAGUAGAGGUCUCCAAUCGUCAAAUAAAGCUCAUUCUUGAGAAGACGGUUGCAAGGAAUAGAAAGGAUUGGUCGGACAAGUUAGAUGAUGCUCUUUGGGCUUAUAGGACGGCUUUUAAGACACCUAUUGGUACCACUCCAUAUCGCCUUGUCUAUGGAAAAUCAUGCCAUCUCCCGGUAGAGCUUGAACAUCGUGUCUUGUGGGCCAUCAAGAAGAUAAAUUUUGACUUAGCUAGUGCGGGGGAGAAGAGGUGGUUGGAUCUUCAUGAGCUAGAGGAACUUCGAUUUGAUGCUUACGAUUGUGCUAGCACCUACAAAGCUCGCUCCAAGGAGGUUCAUGACAAGUUGAUUGAGAAAAAAGAGUUUUGUGUAGAUGUUUUUGAUAAUGGUGCCGUGGAGAUUUCUCCUUUGAACUCCUCAUCUUCAUUUAAGGUUAAUGGUCAUCGGCUCAAGAAGUACUAUGAUGGAGUGUUUGUUGGACUUGUUCACAAAAUGAUUCUUUUUAAGCCACCUUGA